AUGGUCGGAAUUGCAAAAUGGCAGGAUGAGUGGGUGGCACACAUUUUUGAAUGCAAGCGCACUUCCCCAGACAUGGACAACGACAUGAUCGCCGAGUCUCUCCGAAAAAAGUUCCCUCGUACCAAAGAUUUCCAUGCUGGUGGUGUCAAGUACGUCUUGCAAACUAGGAAGGAUCCUUCACUCCCAAACGACCAAGUUCUCAGUAGUGGUGUCAAGAAGAAGAAAUCUACGAAAGGCUCCAAGCCACCAGCAAAAUUAGAGAAUGCGCUAAGUAAUGCUCUCAGCAUGGUUUCACCAGCCAUCUCCGUCGCAUCGUCAUUCGGUCCAAGUACCCAAUCCCAGCCUAAGGUAGUUGGUGGCAGGCAAAGCGCGACUAGACUUGAUAACCCAACGCCGAUGGACACGCUCGCUUCACGAACCUCCUCUUCACCAAGCCUUAUACAAAACAAUAUGGGCAACAUGGGUUAUCCGAUCGACUCGUCUGGUUCUCGAGCCUAUUACAACGAUUCGGUCAAUCUUGAAAGACAUCGAUACCCUGCUGUUCUUACCGCUGGUGCAAGCAUUGAGAAUCCUUAUACUAUUGAUGACGAUGGAAACAACCCUGCAAGAUACAUGAUGCAGCGAUCAUCCACCAAUCAGCAAAGUACAACACCAUACCAGAUGGGCAGCAAUAACCUCCAGCAAGGAUUGCAAAAUAAUGUCUACGCUCAGCGCCAGAAUGGUCAAAAGAAUCCCGCAUUGAGCAAUCAGAUGACUGGCUUCAUGAAUGAGCAGACUCAGAAUGUACACAGAGGCUUUCGCAACCCUACUCGAGCUAGCUUGGGCCCAGCUAGCCAAGAAAACUAUGCCAGUAGCGUGCUACAGAAUUACCUUCAGCCAUAUAAGCGAGCAGGUGCUGAGGAUCUGGAGCAGACUCACCAAUCCUCCCAUGGCAUUCCCAACACGAAUAGUUCUGCUGUCUAUCAGGGUUUUGGAGACAAUUUAGCCACCGGAAAUUCUGGAUCCAACAGCCAUGGUCUUCCAGCAGUGUCAAAGCCUGUAAAUGGUAAAGAUUUGUAUAAUCAAAGCGGUCAGCCAAGCUCUCACAACCAGGGCAUGUUAAGUGAACAGGACAACCAGAAUAUGAUGGGAAGUGCCAAUAAUGUGGCGGGUAUAGGAACCAACAACACCAAUGCUACUAUUAGGAGCCGAUCUUUGGCAGCGCCUAAGAACACUUCCAUGGGGGAGCACGUACAAGUGCCUUCAUCUUCAGAGGUCCAUCGAGCCCCAGAUGCAUUUGAUUUUAGCGAAGAAGAACAAUUUUUUCCCGACCAUCAUCUCUUCGACGGCACAAACAACCACGAUAUUAUUUCUUUAUCUAUUCCUCAGCCAGAGGCCAAUUUCCAGAAUGUAGGAAAGCGUAAACGCCAGGAGGAAGGACCUGCUCAGAUGCAAAUAUCAGCAGUCACAGGAGAGCGCAGCAAUGACCUCUUAGUCCAUCCACCGAAACGCCAGAAGCAGGAUAAUUCUGGCGCCACACUGAGGGGUUGCUCAAGAUCAACGAAUCAAAACAACCAGACAGCCCCUCAAUUUCCCAUGGAAGAAAAUGCAUCUCAAGGUAAUAAAUCUCGCCUAAAGCCACCACAGCAGUCCGUACAGUCACAAAACCCAAUCUUCACGCCAAUGUCACAAUCCCAGCGUCGAUUGAAUCAAGGUUCAGCAACCGUAGCUGGAAAUGCACGAGCCAUGCCGUUAGCUGUUGUGGGCUCCGGGAUAUUAGGUUAUAAUGACCAGGCCCUUAGGUUUCUUCAAUACGGUAAGGAUGGUGAGGCUCUCCGUAACCCAAACAUUCUUUGGAAAAGACAUUUGGAGUUCUUAAAAAAUCUACUCAGUCGCCAAGGUAACAAGUUGAGUUUUGAUCAGCGAGAAUGCGCAGAAAUGUAUGCGGAAAAGUUGAGAAGAAUGCUCCCCGCUUCGCAGGCAAGCUCUAUUACGGGCUCUCAAACUUCUCAGUCUCAACGAGCUUGUGAGCGGGCACAAGGCAGUCGUCCUAGCGGUAUGCCUCAAUCAAGCCUAUCAUAUGCAAGGCAAGAAAAUGUCACCAUGGGCAACAAUAGUGGUAGUACUCUGGCAUCUGCCUCACAAAUCGGCCAGAAAUAUAUCCCGGGAACUGUUAGAGACAACAUGAGUAGCCACUCCUCAUCAGGCAAGCCACAAUACUUUAGCACCAACCCUUCAUAUAUGCAUCCUCCACCAGCCACGCCAGAUAUGGAUAGAGGAGAUAUGCCGGUUUCCCAAAACGACCGCUUUGCUGGACACAAGUUCAACGGCCCUCCUGUCUCUCACCAAACGCCAAGCAUGGACCGUUCUGCAACGAUCCCGCAUCAACAAUCUCGAAUAUCUGUAAAAGGCGCGACUGCUGGUACUGGGUCACAACUUCCAGAGAAUAUCAAUAGAUACAUGGCUCUACCUCAACAAAUUCAGUCGAUCGGAAAUAGAGCCAAUGCUAUCCAGGUUACGGGUGGAGAUUGUUCACAGCCCAUUACGAGAAGAGCACAUUCCGCGUCCAGCUUUCCAAUAAGCCAGAUGCCUAGUAAUGCAGCUGGUCCCAGUGUCAUGCAGACGGCUACUCAUCAGCUGGCUUCAACUCCUACGCAGAAGUCUACUUCUUUACCAGAUCUUAAUACUCGUCAUUCGCUGUCAUGGGACUCUGUAUCUACACACCUUCCACAAACCCAGCGGGAACAAGGACAGACUUUGAACGGGGUAAGCCCAAAUUUCCAACGACAGCAAGCUCCUUUCGACAUGUCAAGAAUCGGUAAUUCAUCCUCCGGCAAUGCACUUUAUCAAGUCCCACAUGUAUCCAACGCAGAUCCCAAGAGCAGAGAUACAGCAAACCAGGUGCUUGCGCAUGAUAAACCACUGCAUAGGGUUGUGAACAGCACUUCAGCAGAUGGAGCAUGGACUCAUAUGCAGGCUUCGGGUAUAAAAACACCAAUCCCAGGCUCAAAAUCAGGAACUGGCUCGGAACCAACGCCUCCAACCUCCACAGUAUCCCCUUCAACCAGAAGUGAAGAUUCCACCGGUCACAAAAGCAUUUACAACGGUGUUCCUUUCGAAACAAAGAAUGUGAAUGUGGUUGAGGUCGUGAGCCCCGUUUUCCACCAGCACUUCACAUUUCCCUCUGAGAGCGAAGGCUGGACAGUCAUAUUGAACCACUUGGACGAGAAGCAUUUACUCAUGCAGGGGAAGAAUAACAUUCUGCUUGUGAGCCCAAUAUUCAUGGGAGGCGUCACAUGGCCAAAGAUGUCAAACCAAGCGGCUUCGAACAAGGCCGCCGCUCAAAAGCCAAGACGGAAGGCUCCAGUCAAGGAGGCAACCACUCCUUCAUCCGUUGCUGCGACGUCCAAUGCCAGGGCAACUUCACCGAACCCAAUUUCUAGACCUAGAACUUCCACUUUCACAGUUCCUGAGCCGCAUCACCCACCUCUCUGGCCUGGUGAGAGGUUUCCUGCCACCGCUGCAACUUCAAACACAUCCAAUCCCGCACCGCCUAGUUCUUUCAAGCCUGUUCCACCACCACCCCACCCACCUCUUUGGCCAGGAGAGAAGUCACCAAUCACAGCAGUUACUAUGAAUAACUAUAUUUCUUCGCAGCAAUCCACGGCGGUCAAUAGCCAGGGCAAGAAGCUGGAUGUUCGCCUCGAUUUCAAGGAUGUAAACCCUAAGAUCUCGAUGCGCAAAGCUGGUUCAAUUGAGAGCCAAACCGACCCUGGGUUCCGUGGUCUCAUAGACAAUACUCUUGACGAUGAUGAUGAUGAUCUGUUUGGUGAUGGAGAGGUCUUUUAUCAAGGAAACAAUGACGAUCAAGUGUCAGAUCCCUUGGCUUCCACGAACGCAGAAGAUCAAACCUCAAACCAGUCACCUUCAUCGACUGUUCUGAAUCCUACAGUCUCUUUUACUUCACAGGUACUUGUGAGUGAUGCUCUGCAGCAAGCUGACAAGAAUUCGAUUUCAGACGAGGCUCAGCCAGCUACUCUGGAGAUUUUGGCACCGGCGGAAACCCUCCCUAAUCUCCUAACCACAACACAGCCUGGACAAGCACAUCAAGAAUCCUGCGAAGCACAAAAUUGUCAUGUCCACUUCGAAAACCGCAAGCCGAUAGAGGAGGAUACACUGACCUCCGAAAAUCAGAUAGAAUGGCGAGCACGCCGCCCUGCCUAUCAGCCACCGAAUCCCUUUGCAAAUGCAAACAAGAAAACAUCACCGCCGUCUCUUCCAGACCCUACCCAACUACCACAAAAAGCCGACCCGUUGCCAUGGGAGAAUUUGACUGAACUUGAACAAGAAUGGGCCAGUGUUAGGCAGGCGAAAUGGCUACAAGACGUCUUCCCAGAUUUCCCUUCGCGUGAGAGACUGGACGUUACUUGUGUCAAUAGGCCGCCUACCGAGAGCAUAGACUUUAAUAAACUCUUCAGGGAGACUCCUGGAGCAGAGCAUUGGAGCGAUGAGGAAACAUUGCGAGCACUUAUCAGAGAGGACUUUGAUGAUCACGGCGAUCUGGCUAUCAGAGCAGCCCUGGACAUGCUUGCCUAUGUUCGGAAAUGGGGAGAGCUGUGCACACAGUUCGAUGAAGCCGGUAAACCGAUCAUGGAUGCCCCGCCAGAUCCCUCUCGAGUAGCUCACAACGAGCAAAUGAGAGUUGAUCUGGCAAGCGACGGUCCCAAGUCAAAGAAAGCUGCCGAUCGUACGUUCCACUCGAUAUAUGAACAGGUGAGCGAGAAGGCUAAGAAUUACGACUGGGAGUACGGCCCCUUGGAAGACGCUAGCCCCUUUCGGGCCUGUUUCAAAAAUUGGGAAGAAGAGGUGAGAAUGGCAAAGGAGUCGGUUCCUCCAAACACGUUAUACAAGAGGAGAGGAUAG